GGACACGUACAGGUGAUCAUGGCGGACAAUACCGGUCCCGAGGUAUUGGGUGUGGGAUGGUGUCGCACAGGAACAUCAUCACUGAAAGUAGCCUUGGACAUCCUCGGUUUCGGCCCGUGCUUCCACGGGCGCUUCAUCCCUUACCUCCCAGAGUUCCGGAAGCAGUGCUACGCCUAUGGUGUGGGACAACGAAAAGAUUUUCCUGUACAUCAGCUUUUUGACGAAUACAAAGCGGCCGUAGACAUCCCAGCGGGCCUGAUCCCCGUCCUGUUGGACGCAUACCCAACAGCUAAGGUCAUCUUGACAGUGAGGAAUCCGGAGACAUGGUACGCGAGCGUGCAGGACGUCAUUGUGCGACUGCACAGAUGGGUGCUGCGUCCGUUCUUCUGGACCACUCAGCUGGGUCGCCAGUACACAGCCAUCAUUGGCUGGGGCCUCGACUACAUGUUCAAGGGGGACCUUUCGAAAGAGAACUGCGUCCGAGCCUUCAAUAUGCACACUGAGGAGGUCAAGUCACGAAUACCAGAGGAGCGGCUGCUCAUCUGGAGGCCUCAAGAUGGCUGGGAGCCUCUUGCAAAGUUUCUGGGAAUGCCGGUGCCCAGCACACCCUUCCCUCCGCCCCAGAAUGAGGGGUCAAGGGAAAUGCUCAAGCAGAUUGGGAGGUUUAUUAAAAGGCACCCUCUGGCUUCCAUGGGCAUGCGCGUGUACGACCACAGCGGACCGCUGGACUUUGAUGCGGUUUGACAUUUGACUUUGAAAUUAGCUCUGAACAGUCCUGGCGCAAUUACGCCCAGUGUAUCAUAUUCCAUUGCAGUGCUGCUGCAAUCAAGCUUUGAAGUUAUUCAUUUGCACCCAGGCAGCAACUUGCCGGAUGCUCUUCUGUCCGCAGUCAUGCAGUCACCAAUCGAUUUAGCAACCAAAAGGCACCCAGACAUCAGCAGUGCUGUAACACUGCUUUGCCUCUC